AUGAAUCAUCAUGGUGAUGGUAUGGCCUCAUCAGCGAGUCACUUCUGCACCAAGCUUCACAUCUGGCUUGAGCUAGCAGGCUUACCGUAUACCCUUCUACCGGCUAAUGGACCCGAUGGCCCCUACGGUAAAGCACCGUACAUCGAGCUCAACGGCCAGGUCUACGCAGAUUCGAGUGCUAUAGUGAAGAUGCUAUCAGAUAAGUAUGGCAAGGACUUGGAUGCCGACCUUAGCCUGGAGCAACGAGCCAUGAGCAUCGCCGUUCAACGUAUGGUGGAGGAGCACACCUACUUCCUUACUCUCGCCGACAUGGCCCUACAAGAUGGAGCUUUCGAAGUAUUGAAUAAGAAGUUGAUGAAUUUACCAACGGUUGCCCGAUGGAUCUUCCCGACGUUUCUGUUGCGAAGUUUCAAGGCGAUUCUGAACGGCCAGGGAAUCGGACGCCUCCCCGAAGUUGACCGGAAGCGAAGAAUGAAAGAGGAUAUCGAGGCUCUCUCGAUCAUCUUGGGAGAGAAAAAAUACCUCGUGAAUGACGAUAAGCCUUCCACUAUUGAUGCUACCGUAUUUGGUUAUCUAUGGUCGAACUUUGACACCGAUUCGGAGUUUACUAAGUACAUGUCCUGCUGCACAGAGAGUGAGAAGUAUGAUAACUUAAUGGCUUACUACACUCGGAUGCGUGACAUGAUGCUCAAGUCCCAUGACAAGUGGGCUAUUAAGGCAUGA